CCCGGGCGCGAGCGCAGGGACCCGGCAGGGUGAGCUAGGAGCCGAGCCGGGCGCCGCCGGAGCUGCGGGGAGAGCGCUCGCUGGCUGGCUCGCUCGCCGCGGCCCGUGGAUGGGGGUGUCUGGCUGAGCCUCGGGAUCAUCUUCCCUCCGCCAGGACCCGCACAGGGAAACGGAUCUUGACAGUUGCUGUCAUUGUACUGUGGUGUCAGGAUGGAGGCCCCACUGGUGAGCCUGGAUGAAGAAUUUGAGGAUCUGAGGCCCUGCUGCUCUGAGGAUCCAGAGGAGAAGCCCCAGUGUCUCUAUGGCUCAUCUCCCCACCACCUGGAGGACCCCUCUCUCUCUGAGCUUGAGAAUUUUUCUUCUGAAAUAAUCAGCUUCAAGUCCAUGGAGGACCUUGUGAAUGAAUUUGAUGAGAAGCUCAAUGUCUGCUUUCGGAACUACAAUGCCAAGACAGAGAACCUGGCUCCAGUGAAGAACCAGUUACAGAUCCGAGAGGAGGAGGAGACUCUUCAGGAUGAGGAGGUUUGGGAUGCACUGACAGACAAUUACAUCCCUUCACUCUCAGAAGACUGGAGGGACCCAAACAUUGAGGCUCUGAAUGGCAACAACUCUGACACGGAGAUCCAUGAGAAGGAAGAGGAUGAAUUCAAUGAGAAGAGUGAAAAUGAUUCUGGCAUCAACGAAGAGCCUCUCCUCACAGCAGAUCAGGUGAUUGAGGAAAUCGAAGAAAUGAUGCAGAACUCCCCAGAUCCAGAGGAGGAAGAGGAGGUCCUAGAAGAGGAGGAUGGAGGAGAAAUCUCAUCCCAGGCAGACUCAGUCUUGCUGCAGGAGAUGCAGGCCUUGACACAGACCUUCAACAACAACUGGUCCUAUGAAGGGCUGAGGCACAUGUCUGGGUCUGAGCUGACGGAGCUGCUGGACCAGGUGGAAGGUGCCAUCCGAGACUUCUCAGAGGAGCUGGUGCAGCAGCUGGCCCGCAGGGACGAGCUGGAGUUUGAGAAGGAAGUAAAGAACUCCUUCAUCACGGUGCUCAUCGAGGUUCAGAACAAGCAGAAGGAGCAGCGGGAACUGAUGAAAAAAAGGCGGAAAGAGAAGGGGCUGAGCCUGCAGAGCAACCGGAUAGAGAAAGGAAACCAGAUGCCUCUCAAGCGCUUCAGCAUGGAAGGCAUCUCCAACAUCCUGCAGAGUGGCAUCCGCCAGACCUUUGGCUCCUCAGGGACUGACAAACAGUAUCUGAACACAGUCAUCCCGUACGAAAAGAAAUCCUCUCCUCCCUCUGUGGAAGACCUGCAGAUGCUGACAAACAUUCUCUUUGCCAUGAAGGAGGAUAAUGAGAAGGUGCCUACUUUGCUAACGGACUACAUUUUAAAAGUGCUCUGUCCGACCUAAUCUUGCCUUUGGAGCAGACUUGCUGCAGGAGGUCACUGAGCAAGAGUCAUUCCAUCACAGGGACUGCAUGACACCACGUAACCUCCGGCGUGUAUUUAAAUGUGUAUAGCUUAACCUGGAUUAAACAUGAGCAAUUGCUCAGGGUCCUUUGCUGUUGGCUUCUAGUGCUAGUAAUCAUUGGAUGCAUGAUCGGGCGCAGGGCCGGUGACACUUGCCUCCUCUCCUCCUGUGCUGGGGAAGGCACGUGCCCUCACCACUCAUUAUGUAGUCUGGCUCCAGCCCUCAAAACCAGCUUAUACUCUAAGACUAAUUUUGAAAUAAACUUUCAUUUAAUUAAUAUUC